GGCGCGCCAACGCGGUCUCGGCUGGAGCCCGUGGCGGCCUCGCGAGCGGCCUUCACCACACACCGCGACUCGCACCGGCGGCCGAACAUGGGCGCGCGCGUCUCGGGCGGGCUCCGAGCCCGAGCCGGGCUGCUGCUCGCGGCGCUGCUGCUGCUGCUGCUGCUCGGGCUGCUGGCGCCGGGCGCGCAGGGGGCGCGGGGCCGCGGCGGCGCCGAGAAGAACAGCUACCGCCGCACCGUCAACACCUUCUCCCAGAGCGUCAGCAGUCUCUUCGGCGAGGACAACGUGCGCGCCGCGCAAAAGUUCUUGACCCGGCUGACAGAGAGGUUCGUGUUGGGAGUGGACAUGUUUGUGGAGGCACUGUGGAAAGUUUGGAUGGAGGUCCUGGAUGCCCUUGGACUUGACGUGUCCAACCUGUCCCAGUACUUCAGCCCAGCCUCUGUGUCCAACAGCCCGGCACGGGCCCUGUUGCUGGUCGGCGUGGUCCUCCUGGCCUACUGGUUCCUGUCUCUGACCUUGGGCUUCACCUUCAGCAUCCUGCACCUGGUGUUCGGCCGCUUCUUUUGGCUGGUGCGCGUGGUGCUCUUCUCCAUGUCAUGUGUGUACAUUCUGCACAAGUACGAGGGAGAGCCUGAGAAUGCCGUCCUGCCACUGUGCCUGGUGGUGGCCGUGUACUUCAUGACAGGGCCCAUGGGCGUGUACUGGCGGGGCAGCCCGGGCGGCGGCGGGGGCACCCCCAGCGUGGAGGAGAAGCUGGACCACCUGGAGAACCAGGUCAGACUGCUCAAUAUCCGCCUCAACAGGGUGCUGGAGAGCCUGGACCGCUCCAAGGACAAGUGAAGGUCAGGUGCCCGGCUGGGUCCCCGGGCACCAGCUCCCACUCCCAGAAGACACAAGAGGAGGAAAGCAACCACCCCCCCGGCCCCCCCCCAAUCUUAAUAAACAGCACUGAGCAAGAAAGUGGCGCCUGCUGAGCCUGCGCGCCAAUCCUUAGGACCCGCCGAGAAGACUGGAAGGAUCGCCCACUGCAACUCCAUGCUGAGUCUUGUUAGUGGAGAGGAUGUUUCUAAACAAAAGCAUAGGACCCUAGGAGCUUUACAGGAAGAGACAUUUAUCUGUGCAUAGAACAUAAAGUUAAUUUUUUCAAGCAUUGACAAAUACAUCUUUUGUAAGGUUUUUAAAUAAAGGCAGAUGGAGUCGGGUUUAUUAGAACUUUGCCUCCAAGGGAGCAGGCUGCUGGGCUGACAUUUUAAGAGAAGUCUAAAUGCCAACGUUGGGUUUUAAAGAGGAAGGAUUGGUGGGCGAGGUCUGUGUGUGUCAUCUUCACAUCCCCAAAUGGUGAGCUUUACUUCGUGUCAUUUGGGGUUCAUGUUGACUUAAUGAGUGGCAUCAUGUCUCACCGUGGAUGGUUGAGCUUCUGAAUGGGACGCAAACUCUGCUCCACCCCGGGGACCCUGCUGAACUCCAUGGUCAUAUUGCUAAAUGAAGAAAGGGAUCAUAAGUAGGAAGAGCCCUGGCUUUAAAAUUUUUUUUUAUUUUUCUUUAUUCUUUUCUUCCCCUAUACUGUGAUGUGUUUGAACCUUGACAUUUCCAAAAAGGAAAGUAUAAGCACAGGGCUAAG